UCUUAAACUGCUGAUGGGCCUGCAGUACAAUUGCUCCCACUAGUUAAAUAGUGUGCUCCCGCGUUAGUUCAUAGUGACACACACACACACCAGUGCCCAGAGAAGCAAGAGCGAUAAAGAAAGAGACAGUGUUAGAGCGAGAGAGAAGUUUGGUCUGGGGGACGACGUAGCAAGAAGAAUUCUAUCGGUGUGGCAAGCAGUUCGUCCCUGGCAGUCGGUCUCAUCACGUCCCGUCCCGUUUUUUUCACACACACAUACAUAUAUUAUACAUAACACAUCACACAACAUACAUAAUCACUUCGGACUACACGGACACCUGGCUGUUGUAUAUAUAGACAAGUUGACACAGUAAUAUACCAACGACGUACGCACGCACACUUGUUUUUUGUGUGCGCGCAAACUACUCAAGAUGGCCGCUGACUCGGGAAUGGAGACGUGUCCCUCCCCAGAAAUUGCGGACUCCAGGAAAAGGCCUCUUGACUGCGACGCAGAGAACGGAGCCACCAAGAGGUCACACUACGGAACAGCAGGAGGAGAUGGAAUGUACCAUCUUAAAGUACUUGUACCAGGGGUGGCUGCUGGGGCCAUCAUCGGGAAAGGUGGUGAGACUAUUGCCCAGCUGCAGAAAGACACAGAUGCUAGGGUUAAAAUGUCUAAAGCUCGAGAUUUUUAUCCAGGUACCUCGGAACGUGUGUGUCUGAUAACUGGAAGCGUUGAUUCCAUAAUGGCUGUAAUGGAUUUUAUAAUGGAAAAAAUUCGUGAAAAACCUGAUUUGACGUCCAAGAUAACAGUGGACUUUGACUCUGGCAAAGCAACUGCUGAGAGAGACAAGCAGGUAAAGAUACUAGUACCAAAUAGCACGGCGGGAAUGAUUAUUGGCAAAGCAGGAAAUUAUAUAAAACAAAUAAAGGAAGACUCUGGAUCGUACGUGCAGAUAAGUCAAAAAGCUAAAGACUUAUCUCUUCAAGAACGUUGUAUCACAGUAAUAGGUGAAAAGGAAAACAAUCGUAGUGCAUUACUUAUGAUACUUGCUAAAAUUGCCGACGAUCCACAAAGUGGCACGUGCCUAAACGUCAGUUAUGCUGACGUAAGCGGCCCGGUAGCCAAUUACAAUCCUACAGGCAGCCCCUACGCUCAAGCACCUGGGACCGCACCCACGUACACAACUCCAGCUGGCCUCAAUACCGUGAGUCUGUUGAACGGUGCUGGUUUGAGUUUAAAUUUGAACCUAGGCGCUGCAAUAACGGCUGGUACAGCACCUGUAACGACUCAACUUCUCGAGCAUAUUAAAUUGAAUUUGAGAAGUACGGGUUUUUCUGAGGCAGCGGCAACUGAAAUUCUGACGGCGAUUGCAACAUUAGCCAAAUACAAUAUUCUGGGCAUGGGUAUUGGCGGUAUGCCAAGUGUGAGUUACCUGGGAAAUCCAAUUGACAGCACAACAUCGGCUAACGGGUCAAACAACAAUGGAGGAGUGUUUGGUCCAAUUGGUACGGUACCGACACUGGGAUCGACGUCGCCAACUCCAAGGAAUACGCUCGAGAGAUACGAGGCGUUUGAUCCAUUUCGACAGAACAACACUGCUGCUGGUGCCAUUCAUCUGAACAACAAUUCAUUCGGAUUGGGCACAAACCAAUUGUCACUCGAAAAAUAGCUUCACGGCAAGCAAUGCACGACGAGCAAGGAUGAUUCGGAAAAGGAGCUUUCUACUGCGUACCUGACAGUAAUCACAGUUUGAACAAUAAGGUCGAUAUUACACUCACAUACAAUCACUGUUGUGCUCGUGAUGUCAACGAGAAUGCCGAGAAGCUGGUUUUCCUUUAACGUACCGCGGAAGAUACGGUCCUCCUUGCAAGUAUUAGGUAAGCGUCAAAGAGAUGAGUUAUCAGACUAUAAAAAAAUUUUAAAAACAUAACAACAACAACCAACAACCAAUGCCUAAUUAAAUUCAAAAUUUAGUAAAAAAUAUUUAAAAAUAAUUCUCAUACGUUUAUUUGUUGUUUCGGAUAGUUUCUGUAACUUGUAGUGUGUUAUUGUGGUUUGUUUAUUAUUGUUAUUAUUAUUACUACUACCAUUGUUAAAUUUGAUUUUCAAUUACUCGCUUUACCUAUUCCACUGCCACGCAGAGUCUGUGCAUGUCUCUUUGGUGGUCCCAAUUAAAUGCAGUUACCGUAGAAAUAUUUUGUUAUGGAUUUAAACAAAACCCUUUAUGAAAACAUAUUCAAACAAACGUAAACUAUAUAGUUAGAAGAUUAAAAUAAAAUGAAAAAAAUGAAAAAAAAACAAAAAAACAAAAAAAAACAAAAAUAAUAAUAGUUACUAACUCUCCGGUUUACCUUGGCCUACUAAGGUAAUCUCUUUUGAAUGAAAGGAAUAAAUAGACUAUUGUAUAAACGUCUAAUGUGUAAAUGUAAACUUACAUUUCGCAUUUUAAAAAGUAAUAUAUAUAUAUAUAUAUAUAUAUAUAUAUAAAUAUAUAAUAUACACUACGAGUUGUUAAUUUAUAUGAAAAUUCCAAUAAAAUUAAAUGUGAUUUACUAGCCAAAUAAGUAAAUAGUUACUAUGUGUAAUCACAUUUAAUUUAAAGCGUCGAUUUUUUGUUUUUUAAUUAUUUAAUUAUUAUUAAAUAAUUAACGCCAGCACAUUCACCACGAUUUGUCGUAGAUAAUUACAUGUAACGUAUUUGCAUAUUAAAAAAAAAGAAGAAUAUAAAAUAAUAGUUAAUUGUACAUCGUAAAAUAUUAAUUAAAAUAGGUAAAUCAAGUGCAGAGUUUAAAAACAUUUACACGUUAUCUAGUUGUUUUCUUAUCUGUACUGUUAAUGGUUAAGAAAAUAAUUAGUAAUUGUGUAUGUGUAAAAUGGUCAUAUUAUGGUAAAACACUUGUAAUUUGUAGAAAAAAAAAAGUUAAAGUCGUAUCUUUCUUCAUGUCAUUAAUUAUUAAAAUCAUUAAUCGUUAAUGAUAAUAGCGGUAAUUAAUUAAUAAUUAUUGGCUAAUGAUAAUUAUGAAAAAUAAUAUAAAAGGACAAAAAAAAUCUAUAUAUAUAUAUAUAAAAAUAAAUAUAAAUAUAAAUAUAAUAAAUACAAUAGUUAUAGAUAAUUAAAUGCAAGAGAUGAAUUAAUAUAUUUGAAUUAAUAUUUUGCACGUUGGGCAAUGUUAUAAAUGAGUAGCAAUCAGGGAAAUGUAUUAGGAAUUGAAUUGAAAUCGAUUUUCAAUUUACAGUGAAAGAAAAUAAUAAUGAUAAUAAAGAGAUAAACAAAAUAUAUAAGAACGUGAUAAAAUGAAAAUAUUAAAUCAAUAAUAGUAACAAUAAUAAUUAUAGUAGCAAUAUAAAAUGAUAGAAAGAAAAAACAUAAACGUUAACAAUUAAAAUAAUAAUAAUAAAAAUAAAUAAUAACAAACAUCUUUUACCAUCUCAAGUGACAUUGUCACGUUACUUGGCUGUGUGUGCUAGGCUACAUCAUCUCUCAUGAAUAUAAUAAAUAAAUAAAUAAAUAAAUUCACCACUUUCUUACUCUACUAAUAUAACUAAAUUUUUAAAAAAACUUUAUUUGUCGAACAAUUAUAAACAUCUAUACAUAUAAUCGUCUUAAUAAGAGAGUUAAAUUUUGUAGCUUUUAGGAAUUAAAAUCAUUGUCAUUGUCAUCCAUCAUCAAUAAAUGUCAUUAUUUUUUUUCUUCACAACUAAUCACUUCCUGUUCUACACUAUCAUCAUUGUCAUUAUAUUUAUAUAUAUUAUUAUUGUAAUCAUCAUUAAUUAAUGUCAUAAGUCAUCACUUUUUUUCUUCCUGUAAUAUCCUUUUGUCGUCACCAAAUAAUUCGGAAUGUUCCAUCAACUGUGUCAUUGCAAGUUAUCAUUUAUCAAUAAAAUAUACACAAAAAAAAACGAAAACCGGAGAAAGAGAGAAAAUGUGAACGAUAAAGCAAGAGAGCGAGAGCGUGAUAUGUAAAAAGAAAACGAAAGAAAGGUAUAUUUAAUUAUUGUAAAUUAAAAAUAUAUGUGUCACUAUUAAUAUAUGAUCCAUCAAUUAUAUUCAGUGCCAUAAUAAGAGCACGUUUUUAUUCUUCCUCUUGAACGUGACUACAAUUGUUGUUAAAUUAGUUAACAGUGAUAUUAGCUGUUAAUAAUUAUAAAUAUUUAAUAAUAUAUAUGUAUAAAUACAUAUACACCAUAUUUAUAUUUUACAAUAAUCAGAUUUAUUUGUAUAGUUAUUAUAAAAUUUUUCAUCAUCAUUAAAAUGCAUUAGUCGAAAUUUAAAACAUAAUGGUGCUGAUGAAUUAAUUAAAUAAUUAAUUGAAGAAAAUAAUUAUUGAGAAAGGAUAGAAGAGAUUAAAUAUAUCUGUAUGUUGUGUAGAAAAGGUAUUAAUUUUUGUAUUUCAGAUUAUAUAUUUAUAGAUUUAUUUUAUUUUUUCAUGUUAUAAAUACAUAUUUUUUGUUUUCUUUUUCUUUUAUUUACUUGAAGAAUUUAUUUGACGGUUUGCAUAAUCACUGUUAAUUAAAAUAAUAUAUAUAUAUAUAUAUAAACACAAAAUAAAUUAAAUAACGAUUUAUUACACAUUGCAUUGCAUAUAAAAUAAUUGAAUGUUCACUAAUUGAAAAUGAAUUUAUAAUACACAUCGCACUUGUUGACAAUAGAAUUUAAUUAAAAGAGAUGUUCAAUUUUAUCGAACAAUAUAUAUAUAUAUAUUUAUAUAAAAAAAAAUUCAAGUUGAAAAAUUAUACAGUUUAAUUAAUUAAUUGAUAAUAGAUAUUUUUAUUUACAAUAUACAAUGGUAAAGAUUUGAAUUAUUGAUAUUUGAUAAAAAAAAAUUUUUUAUUAAUUUAUUGAGUCGCUUAUUUAUAAAAUUUAUUUUUAUUUUACGCACUUGCGAAUUUAAAUAUAAAUUUAUGAUUGCCGAACUCUAAAAGGGCGAUAAAAUCUAAAUUAAAUUUACAAAAAAAAUAUAUAUAUAUAUAUAUAUAUUGACACAGAAAGAGAGAGUGAGAAAAAAAAACUAACUAUAAAUAAAAGCCUAAGAUUCAUGUAGUCGCUGUGCAUCAAUUACAUCACUGUUAAUAAUAUUUGAAAUCGUUAAUGCAUCACUUUCAUUAAUUUUAAUAGUAUUAAUAAUUAUAAUAAAAAAUAAUUUAUCGAGAUAAAAUCAGUGCCGAUUAAAGAAGGCUAAGAAGUGUUCAGGCGGUAAAACCAAAUUAAUUAAAAUUAUUAAAAAAAAAACUAUAAAAAUAUUAAUAAUAAAUAUAUUAUUUAAAAUAAAACUAUAAUGGUGAGAAGGGUUGUGUUGUACAAAUUGUACGUAAUGUUAAUUCGUUGGGUAUGGAGUUAUAGAUUUAGGUUGUUAAUACGGUAAUAUUAUUUUCGGUAAGGAUAGUCUAAAUAUUUCAAAAAAAAGAAAUAAAAAUAAUAAAUCUAAUAAAUGUAACACUAUUAUUAUUCACGAGUGAACAA